GAACUUAAUGCGGAGCACAACCAUAACUGUACAUGAGGGGAGGAAAUGUACAACGAAGAAAUUACCAGUAGAGGGCUCUGUGUUCGUAAAUUCUAUCCUUGGAACGAUAAGCCACACUUCUGCAGAAACCAUAGACACUAGACCGCAAAGAAACCGGUUUGCAGCAGGUUUGCUGCAGGUAGUUUGGUGCAUAGACAUAUUAUGUCUGUGGUUUGGUGGCCUGUAAAGAAAGGAGUGGCCAAUGUCGACGUAGAAGUUAGUAGGGUUCGACGUAAGCACUGCAGGCUUGACAGAACAUACCGGUGUUUGUGCUGACCGUGGUCUGCGGCAGACGAGCGGCAUUGGUGAAGCCAGCUUACCAACUGUGUAACGUUAGCUAGUUCUGAAUGCAUUUACCACCUGCUAUCGGUUGAGUUCGAUGGGGAUUGCGAACUAGUUUGUUAAAGUUAGCUAAUAAGAACUUGUGUCGAUACCUUAGCCUGCUAAGUUACGCGCGUAACUUAUUUUAGCAUAACGUUAGCUUGCAGAGCAACGUUACGUUGCUUCUGGCAGUAAUAUCUUUCAAGUCAUGCUCAUGUUUUAUUGAACUAACGUUGAUCUUAACAGCAAAUCAUUAAACAAGGCUCCCAAACAUUUCGCCAUAACUAAACUUGUUCGGUUGUUACGGAUUGGUAUUUUCCAGUUUAUCAAAACACUAACUUUACACGCUAGACAUUAAACGUUUCCGUUACAAGUAGGUAGCUUGUUCGCUGCGUUAAGUAACCUUUAGCUUAGCCGUCGCUACACUAGCGCCGUAAACUACCCUAACAUUAGUUAUUUUAGCUAAAUAGACACCAAAUAUUUAUUUUAAUGUAACUUUACCACACCGCACCGAUAGGUUAAACAAUAUGGUAUAACUUGCAAUACGCCUUUAAAGUGAUAAUAGGUAUCACAAAGUAUGCAACAUAGGCAGCAUUACUGACUGGAACACCGCUAUCGCUAGUUAGCUAGCACUACAGCUGCCGCACCGUCAAACUAUCUUAAAUAGCUAGCAGGCUACCACUCUACCAGCAUGACCACCCUACCACUCUUGCCUCCUCACACUGACAGAGUCGGUCCUUAAUUGGCGACCUAAAGAAUUGUUAAGUUUAGUCCACAUCAGUCAUCACGACGGCGAAAGAGAGAGAGGAAUCAGCACCCAUUCUGCAGGCUUCAGCUGCAUCCCCUCCUUCCAGAAUGGAGCUGGCUUUGGCCCACCCGGCGCUGAAAGCCUUCAUGUGCGGCUCCCUGAGCGGCACCUGCUCCACGCUGCUCUUCCAGCCGCUGGACCUGAUCAAGACGCGCCUGCAGACGCUUCAGAACAACAUGGGCCCGGGGGCUCCCAGGGUCGGCAUGGCGACAGUGUUCCUCAAUGUCAUCCGCACAGAGCGGCUGCUGGGGCUGUGGAAGGGCGUCUCCCCGUCCUUCAUGCGCUGCAUCCCCGGCGUGGGCAUCUACUUCAGCACCUUCUACUCGCUGAAGCAGCACUACUUCCUGGACCGCGCGCCAAAUGCCGGCGAGGCCGUGCUGCUGGGGGCCGGCGCUCGCUGUGUGGCAGGGGUGGCCAUGCUGCCCGUCACCGUCAUCAAGACCCGCUUUGAGAGUGGCCGAUAUAACUAUGUGAGUGUUUUUGGGGCCCUGCGCAACGUGUGUGAGACGGAGGGGCCCAGGGCGCUGUUCUCUGGCCUGACCGCCACCCUCCUCAGAGAUGCCCCUUUCUCUGGCAUCUACGUCAUGUUCUACAGCCAGGCCAAGAGGUCUCUCCCACCGGAGGUGGCGUCGUCUGCGUUUUCCCCGCUGGUGAACUUUGGCUGUGGUGUGGUGGCGGGCGUGUUGGCCUCUUUGGCUACACAGCCAGCGGACGUGGUGAAGACUCAUGUGCAGGUCAGCCCAGACCUGUACCCUCGCACUACUGAUGCUGUGCGCUUCAUUUACACGGAGCACGGCUUGAGUGGGUUCUUCCGGGGCGCAGUGCCUCGCUCCCUGCGGCGGACCCUGAUGGCCGCCAUGGCCUGGACUGUCUAUGAGCAGCUCAUGGCACGGAUGGGGCUCAAGUCCUGAGAUCACGCUGGACUGCACUGGGAAGUGUGGUGUGCAGAUGGGAUUUUAUACAGAACUGAGUGGUGUGAUUGAGAAGGGGGGUGUUAGUAUGGAGAGAGAGAGAGUAUUUAUGCUUGAUGUGUAAGUGCAAAAAAUAUAUAUUUUUUUCACUCUGGAAGGACAAGUGUGUAUGAGUUUGAUGACGGUGAGUGCAGGAGUGUCUACAGAAGUCUUUGUGUUGAAAUCAUUUUCAACAUGAGUGAGUGAGUGAGUGUGUGUGUGUGUGUAUGUGCUGUGUGUUUGUGCUUGUGUAGUGUUCCCAGGACAAUUGACUGUGUUUAAUCCUAUGUUCCCAGUCUUGUAAUGAACUGCAUGCCCUGAUACCAGACACCAAACUUUACCAACCUGUCGCUCCUAGAAAUGCGUCUCAGAUAAGCACUUAUCUCUCUAAAGGAUGCAGACAACCCAGAGGGGGAGAGGUGUGGUCUAGACAGAAGAAUACACAAGCUCAGACAAUCAACAAUCAAGAUUUAAAUGCAGUUUUUUACAUGAAAAACCCAGCGGGUUAUGUCUUCUAACAACUUAAGGCACAUACUACUAUGUUGCUAUGCUAUGUGGUACAGAUUUUAUUUUGUUUUUUUUUUGCAGUGUGAAUCCAGAUAAUGCCACUAAACCAUUUGAGUAAAUAGUGGUGCCAUUUUCUUUUGUUUCCAACAGUCCUGUGCAUUGCCUAGUUGUCCCAUAAUCCUUUGCAUUACCAAUUUCUGCCUUUAUGUCAUUGAGUUUCAUUGCACUUCCAUCCUUGCAACUGCAAGGGAAUCUUAGCCUGUUUAACCCAUUCCUCCUCAAAAUUGAUCCAAGGAAUCUUGGAGCUCUUAUGUCCCAUUUGGAUGUGGCUGUUGUUUUGUGAUGUGAAUCGUUGUGUGGAACUUCCCUCUCAUCACCUUGGGUGUCAUCUGUGUAUAUACAGUUCAGUUCAAAACACUGGAGUAUGGACAGAAAACAUGUUGGACAUAUGACAUGAGCCUUAUCUUUGUAAAAUCACUGAAAAGAUGACUGGCUUCAUCUUUUUAAGUUUUGGCGGCGAAUCAGAAGUCUGCCUCUUGGUGGCGAUCUGGGAAUCUGCCUCUUGGUGGUGAACCAGACGUCUGCCUCUUGAUGGUGGUUAGGUUAACUCCUCACGCUCAGUCAGACCACGGCAUUCCUACCUUGACUGGAGCACUUCCUUGUGAAAAGCUCCUUUCAAGGUGGGCAAUUUUGCAACAACCUAACUUGGUGGCACUGUGCAACAAGAUAGUGUGGGUUCUGUCAGGAUUUAACAACUGACAACAACCCCCAGACUGGCCGGAGAUGCCCAACAAGCGGACGGCAGAGCCUGGGAUUUAGUGUCCUUCUUUUCAUUGCCUUUUCCCUUGAGGUUGUGAAUGGGUCAUGGCCAAAUCCCAUCACACAUCACGUGCAAUUGUGCUUUACUAUGUUACAGGGUGAAGUAAACGUAUUCCAUUUAUUUGUGUAUGCGUACACAUGUUGACUUUUUAGUACUGGAUGUGAUCUGGUGUCUUGGUUCUUGUGCAGACUGAGUGUUCACAUCUACCUGGUUGUGCUAGAUCAGUGCCAUUCAGUGGACGUCUGCCUUAGCCUUUUUGGAAUCUGCAUUCAUCAGUGUUUUUGUCCUGAUGGUUGUUGUAGAUAUUGUCUGUCCGUGGGGGUGUGUUUUUUUUUUUUUUUUUUUUUUUUUUUUUUUAAAUGUUGUCUCUUAUUUGUUUAUCUGUGAAUAAAUUUGCCACCCUUUUGAUGAAA